AUGUACGGCAUGAACCAAGCCUACCAUGCCCCCGACCCGAGUGCGCAGGUGCCGAAUCACCUCCUUCCCCAUGUGCACCUGAUAUCCUCGUACCGCUUCCCUACUCUCCCGGGCCUUCAAGCUCCGCAAGCCCUCGAGUACCUCAUCAAAGGCCCGCAGAUCGUGCGCGACACGUCGCCCGUCGCGUGGACCUACCUCGCAGCCCCUCCCCAAGAUGGCACUGUCAUCCUCACAUGGCAGCCCCCGCGCAUGGGCACCAUGUUCGCCUCGGACGGCAUGGUGUGGGCUGAUGCUGAGACCGCAUACGAUAUGAACGUGCGCGGAUACACUCUCCAAGUCCUCGUCCACAACAGUGGCUACCACUACCCCCACGAACCAUAUGCCGUGCACGCGCGCCAUCGCUAUCGAAUCGCCGCAGGCCCUGGAAACAUCGAUCCCAAUCUCUGGCUUGUGCACUACAAGCCCGCAGAUCCACAAAGCAGAAUGCCCGCCGCCCAAAUACCCGUCCCACGAGAGGUCCAGGCCCAGUUCCAGAUGCGCGCUCAACUACAGCAAGCUGGACCGUUGAUGCGCAAGGAAUUCAUGCUGGUCGACCAGGCGAAUUGGCCAAAAGUCGAGUUUGGACAACAGGCGAUGAGAGGCCCUCAGCCCUACCCCUACAACCCCAUGCAGCCAGGCAGGCAAUAUCCUGCGCAACCUCCGCCAGCCAAACGCCAGCGCUUGCCGACACAACCUCAACCCCGUCAACCCGCUGCAGGCGCGCUUGCGCCGGACAACACGCUCGAAGAGGAGGAGAACGCUACACAAGAUGCUUUCGAUUUCCUCACUCCGCGCGAGAUCAGCUUGUCGCGCUACAAGCAGCAUCACGAGUGGAUGGAGGAGAUCUUCUCAUCACCGUACGCUGUUGGAAAGAUCGCGCCGAUUGAUCUAGGCCUAGGCCUCAUGGGCGAGCUUGCUCCGCUUACUGCUGGCAUCUUGGACGUCCCAGGAGCUGAGAAUGUGGAGCCAGGAAAGGACAACUACCAAAUCAAAAACUACUACAAGCUGGACGCAGACCAACUCAAGGACUUCGAGAAGCGCGUAGCAGAGUACACGAAGAACGAGCAGGCUGAAAUUGACAAGAUGAAGGCCGAGCACGCGAAGAAGGUGGCACAGUUGAAGCGCACCAGGACCUACAUCAAAGCCGAACGCCGACUACGAGAUCUAUCUCGCUCCACCGAGAGCGACGGUGAUGACGCAAACCCGGUCGAAGGAGUUGUACAAGAUUUGGAGAAGUCGCUGGGUGUUAAGUUUGAUGAGAAGAAGGCGGUUGUCUGUGUAGACAAGGGUGGUUUUAUUGAAGUACAACAGCCCUCACCUCCAAAAGCGCAGAUGAACGGCAACGGAGGCCAACAGCAAGCGAACGGCACAUCGAAUGGCAUGAACAACCAGGGCUCGAUGGAAGAUAACUCUGCCGCGAACCUUUUGGAUCAAUAUGGGUCGGGAUCACUUUCUGGCACACCUAUCGGCAACAUGUCCUUGCCUAGACUAUCGCAACCACCGAGUCAAUCGCAGUCCGCUACCGGUACACCCAAUGUACCACACGGCAACAUGAACCAGUCGUCGGCAUUCGAUCAACAGGAUACAAGCCUUGAUGUAGGAGCCGAUCUUUUGGAUCUGGAUGUAGAAAUGUCCGGCAUGGCGGGUGCAGGAGACAAGACUGAUGACUGGACGAUGAACGACCAGUCAGGCAAUGCCCAACAGCCAGCCGGCGGUGUCCAACAGCCAAAUAUGAGCAACAACCAGCGCCCGAACAAUGUCGGCGGGAUGCCUCAAUCCAACAUCGACGCUGAUGCAGGCAGCAUGUUCGACACCGCCGACUUUGGGAGCUUCGACAACAUUGAUAGUGCUGGAGACGCUCUGGCCGACUAUGGACACGAUGACAACCUGGGCUUGGACCUUGUCGAUGAUUCGGCGUUCGGCGAUGCUUUUCAUGGGACUGAAAUGCAUCACGACGAGACUGGCGAGGGUGACCACGCAUAG